AUGAAGGAGAGUGGAGGCAGGAGUGGAGCGGAGUGGCCCGUGUGCCUCACCUCCUAUCUACCAUCUCUGCCUUCACCUCCGCAAGUUGCUCUCCCCGCGAACUAUCCCCACCAAACCCCUACCUUACACCGUAAGACUCCCCCUGUCGUCACUCCCUCCUGCCCUCCUCUGGCUCGGUCCGGGUCGUCAUCUGACAGCUCCUCCCAGUCUCGCCGAUCCGGGCUGGUCGCAUCGGUAGCUCCACGCCAUCUCGUCAUCUGCGCUGCUCCUCCUCGACCUUCCUACCCUCCUCCACGAGAGUUCAGCGCUUCCAGGCCCAAUCACCGUCCGUCUCGCUGCAGCCGUAAUCGUCCCCCUCCCUUCGUGGAUCGUGCUCCGAAGGUUGAACGUCUCUUCCUCCGCUUGGCCCUUCCGCCGCGUCCGUUGACGUCGUGCCCUCUGCACGGCCUCGAUCUUCGAUCCGCUCCUGCCGCGUCGGAAACUCCCCGUGCUGGGAAUUCCCCGUCCCUGAAGGCAGCUCUGACGACUGCUGCAUAUUCAUCCGGAACCGAAUUCGUCAACCCAGGUCGGUCGAACCGACCGUGGCUGUGGGUGACGCGCAUCCUCACAAGGCAACCGACACUAUCCCACCUCUGGAUUAGGGAUCCUCCACAAACUUUUGUUCGGCUAGCCUUCCUCUCCAGCUCUCUCACGGCGUCCCUCGCUCCCCGGGAUCUUUCGUUGAUUCGUGGCUAUCGGAUCCGUAGGGCUUAA